UAAGAUAGCAAAGUGCUGAGCCAAUGGCUUUCUGCACAGAGCAGCUGGCCGGCAUCAGGACAGGACGGGCCGCUCGGAGGACGGAUACCGUGAGGACGUCUCUUCUCUGCUCGCCGCAGGACACGGAGGGGCGACGUCCAGGAGGUGUUCAUGGGAUGCACUAUCUACGCAGCCAGCCCUAAGGCCCUGCCUGCCGACGAGGCCCCAGGCCAGGACAGACACUACCAGCUCCCCGACUACCGCCACCCUCAUGGUAACUGCAGUCAGAGGAUAGCAGCCGGCAGAGCCAGGGCCAAGAGCAUGACCGAGCAGCAGGAGCAGAGCGAAGAAACGGGCCUCCUCGCAACACAGGACCUGGACCACUGCAAGGACGAGGACGCGCACGGCCACUUCAGGUUUCAGUUGAUUGAAGACCUGUCCUAUGAGGAUGUGAAGAAAUGUUACCGGGGCUCGUGUGUGUCUUGCAGCGGCUUGCUCCAGGCCCUGGAUGUGCGCGAGUGUGUGUGUGUGUACGGCGCCAACGUGCUGAGCCUGGUGCAGAGCUCGCGUCCUCUGAGGGAGCGAGUGGGGGCGGCGGCCAGCGGAGCCAAAGUGGGCGGCGGCGGCGGCGGCGGCGGCGUGGUUGGUGGAGGUGGUGGAGUGGCCGGCGUUGCUCUGCAGGCAGGCCGCUCGGCCAAGGAGCUGCUCAUGACUCUGCCCUGUCCCUCUGCGCAGACCGUCAGCAAGUACAACUCGCAGUACCACAAACUGUUCCAGUGUGUGCCCAAGGAGGAGAUCCUCAUGAAAGUGUACUCCUGUGCUCUUCUCAGAGAUAUCCUUCUACAAGGCCGCCUCUACAUUUCCAGAAACUGGCUGUGUUUCUAUGCCAACCUUUUCGGCAAAGACAUCAAGGUGCCCAUCCCCGUGGUUACCGUGAGGCUGGUGAAGAAGCACAAAACAGCCGGCCUCGUGCCCAACGGCUUGGCCAUCACCACGGACACCGGCCAGAAGUAUGUCUUUGUAUCUCUGCUAUCAAGAGACAGUGUCUACGACGUCCUGCGCAGGAUCUGCACACACCUUCAGGUCAACGGGAAAAGUCUGAGCUUGAAGCAGUUCAUGGAGGAGCCGACGUUAUCGCUGGUCAGUCUUCAUACAAUUAGAAAGAUGCAAGACGAGUUCCCAGCUCCAGACGAGUUCCCGGUGGUCGACGAGUUCCCGUCGGUGUUGAAGUGGAGGAGGAAACCCUCCGUGGUGUCCGUGUCCUCCUCCCUCCCCGACCUCCUGGGCAACUCCACCAGCAGCCUGAGCGCCGCCGACGCGCCCUUCAAACCAGAGCAGCCGCUGGAAGAGCGAGCUCUGCAAACAGACAGAGGUCUUUUAUCAGAGCCAGAACUGGGCCAGAUGGAGUACCAGCUGCUCAAGUUCUUCACCCUACUCAUCAUCCUCCUCAUCCUCUCAUCCUGCUAUCUGGCCUUUCGCGUGUGCAGCCUGGAGCAGCAGAUGUCCUUCCUCAGCAACCCAAAUCUGCCCCUGAGGGAGAGGUAACCGCUGCUCUCGGCUGCGACACUGUAGAUCGGCGGCUGUUUUCUCUUCUGGCGCUUUGAGCCGACGAUGGCCUCCUGCACAGAUCCGGGACCAGCGUCGGAGCCCAGAGAAGAUCAUCCCAGAUGAAAGGACCUCCUUCGUAGUGAUCACUUCCAGGCUAUGCAAACAGACUGUCUAUUUAUUUCUGAAUUUAAAGUAGCUUUUACUGUAGCUUCUGAUUUGUCUACCAUUGCCUUUUCCUCUCACGGACAUUUCCUCUUUUAACGAACGAAUCUCUAAGCAUGAGAGUAGGGAGCGGAUCGCAGGGGAAGCUGCUGCUUGUGACGUUUAGGAGUGGUGGUUGGAAGUAAAGGCCAGGAUGGAAAGUUAAACACAUUAAUUACUUGAAAAGACGGAUAGAAGAGAUAUUUCUGGGGAUCUGCGGGGUUCGUAUCCAACAUGUUCUCGAGUAGUUGACUGAACCAAAUGUUUGUUUGUCUCUCUGGUGAGCUCUUGCAGAACAGCACACAGUAGACUGUUAAAGCAAACUACAACAAAAUGCACUUUUUAAAACACAUGUCCACAACAACUGUUUUAAGAGAUUCGAUCUCUUUGAUUCUUGAUAAUUGGUACUCGGUUGUCAUUUUUAAGGGUUUUUAUGGAAAGAAGUGAUGCUAUGACGACAGAUAAACGACAGAUUAAAGUUACCUGCCAUUUAAAUGUAAUACACUGAAGUGAUAACACCACUUGUUAUCUUUAAUGUGAAGGAGAUGAUCCAGUGACAUGCAUCGUUUCUCUUUUAGUUACCUGCUGUUUGAAAGUAGUUACCAGGAUACUUUGUUUUUAUUUUAUACAUUUCAAUUGAAGUCACCAAAGACUCAAAAAGGUGAUUGUAUCUUUGUCUCGGGGUGUAAACAGUGAUUUUUGCAGACACGGGUGGAAUGUAGUCCUAGACUAGUUUGUGAAAUCCAUAUGAAUUAAAUUGGCUACAAAAUGCCGACAAACAAAAAGGA